AUGACCAUCCUUGUGUCAACCCUGAUUCAGAGCAAAGCUAAGUUGCAGGUAAAGUGUCUGUGUGUACUUGUGUUCCUGAGCUUCCCUCUGACUAUGGCUGAAGUCCCUGGUCCAUGCAGACAUUCCAUCACGAGGGAGCACCUGCUGACAGUCAGGCAUCUGAUGGAUAACCAGUUGAGAAGUGGGUGCUCGAUAACCUACACAUUCAUAGAACCGAGAAAUUUGAGCAAAUGUUGCUUUGUAAAAGCUGCUUUACCCUGGAUCCUGGAGCUCCUUACCACCCACUUCAAAUACAGUCGGGGUUCAGUCAAUGAUGGCUACGUUCAGUCCCUGAGAGCACUUAUCCUCAACAUCUACUCUCAGAAAUGUGUGCCUCAGAUUAAUGAAGAGGUUGAGGACAAGCCAGAGAGUUUUGAGAUGCUCUACAGAGGGUCUACUUCAGAGGCCCUGCAGAAGGCUUCAGAAGUGCUGUCUGUUUACUGGGAGCUGGUGACAACGAGCGACGCACCAGUAGACUGGAGAUGCCAGCAGGAAUACACAGAAAUCUUUGGCUCUACCACAGAGCUAUACACAGAGUCAACCACACAACAUUUUACAGACAGUCAUGGUAGGAACUCGGAGAAGGCCUCGCAGAGAGGACCAGUCAGAGACCUGUACAAGCUUGGCUUCAUCAUUGUCUCUAUCUGCGGAGGACUGCUGUUCAUACUCACUCUCUACUGUCUCAUCACACAAAAGAGAAUUCACAACCCUCACAGAUCAAGAUCAUAUACAAACUUAAGGAGAGACCUGCAGGACAUAGAGAUGGAGCCACAAUAAUGCAGCAAAGAGCUCAUCGCUGCAGCAGCAGAUGGAUCACUUGUGAAGCUGCACAUUUUAAUCCUGAACAAGUUUUCAUAUCAGUAUUGUGUAAUGUAUCAUGCUCACCUAUUUAAUCAGAAGCUUGGCUUUGACUGAGAGCAAAAAAGAUGGGCUUUAUUUGGAAUAAUAUGGUAUGUAUAUUAUGUUUAUGCAUUAUGUAUUGCAGAUAUCUUUUCACUAAAAAGUUUUAUUUUUACACUAGUUAUAUAUGUUGAAUGUGUCUCCAUUUGUUACCACUUAACCAACUGUUUGUAAUGUUGUUUACCAAAUAUUUCCACAAGUUAUUUAUUAGUUUGACUCUAUUUAAUCACUGUAAUGAUAAUAAAGGUUUCAUUG